UAAAGUGAAAGAACUGUAUCAUCUAGCAUUACAAUUCGGAGGGUAGCUACGAUUUGGACGGCUGCAAUGUAUAUGUGACCUUCUUUGGGAAAACAGACACUAACGCUUUUUCGUUAAACGGUCAAGAAAAACAGUUCUAAACGGAUACUAAAUGGCUGACUCAAGCGUUUAAACGGCUUCCAUAACCGUUUAAACGGAUAGCAAAAAAUUUAAACGGUUGACCAAAGUCAGAAAACGGAUAGCUUAAAGCGUUAAACGGUCAACCAAAAAAACAAACAGUUAGCUUGAAACAUUAAACAGUUGACCAAAGUCCAAAAAUGGAUAGCUUGAACCGUUAAACGGUUAACCAAAGUCCACAAACGGACAGCUUAAACGGUUGAACGGUUAACCAAAGUUCACAAACGCACAGCUUAAACAGUUGAACGGUUAAGUCGGCGAGAUCGUUUCAGGAAAAACUAGCAGUCUUACAAUGUUAAACGGAUAUCUUUAAGUGCAACCAUGGAGCAUGAAAACUGUAGAUUGUUAAGGAUACAUUCUGCGAACGAAAAAAGUACUGUCGUAUCUGAUGAACUUUAGUCGGGUGACUUCAAAAUUCAUUUGUUUUGCUUUCUCGCUUCUGCAUUCUAUUUCUAGGUAAACUUUUGCCGCUUUCGUGCGACUUUAGGUUGAUUCUCUUCCCUGACAUUAUUUUGGUGAUUUAAGCGCAAGUUACAAAGAACAGUUUCGCUGCCAAUAUCUUAACCUGAACGGCUAGUGAAAGAAACGCUAAAAUAACAAAACCCGUAACCUCUGGAAGCAAAUUAUACGUAACGUCAUUGACAAGAAAAUUUUUCACUUCAUGCGUUCAACAGGCGCAACGAACUUUUUAUACCGUCAUAAAACCUGUGAUAAUAACCAUCGCAAAUUGAGACUCCAGGUUUUAAUCACAAUCUCCUUUGUUCAUUGUUGUUUUGGUUUGAAGUUGCACGAAACAAAUUUGCAUACGCAAUGAACUGCAAAUGCCAUGACCUUGUCAGAAGCCGAGACGCUUCAGGGUCAAAUAAUGCAAUACGCGAGAAAUGAUUCGCUUUCUAAAGAAAUUUUGAAGUUUCAAGAUUACAAAUUUUGGACCUUUUUGUUUCAACCAUAGCUAUCGAAACGGAAUGCGCCACAAUGAAAACUUGACGGCAGUAUCGGCGUCCUUGCGGCUAUUCGCCAGCUUCCUGCUAGCUUAAAUUCAUAGCCCAGGUGCAAGAUUUUUAUCUUCUCCAGUUUAUCACUGUGGUGUCGAUCAAACGGUGAAAAGCUUCAGGAGAACAAGCGGUUAGUUACAGCAAGUUCCUAGACUUGGGCAACAGUUUUGUCCGAAAGUUGUUUUGGCGAAACCCAUGACCAAUCUAUGCUUGACAUGUCAACAGAACACCACCAAGCUUGUAUGGGCCGCAAACCUUCCUGAGCACAAAAAGGCUGACUGUAUUAAAGCACAGCAAGAGCAUUUGGACUGCGCCCAGGUCGAGAGAGAGUUUUACAGGAAAACUUGCUCAGAUGCAGCCACGACUUUCAGUCAAACAGAUGCGGAGAGGAAUCUAAACGAAACGCAUGAACCAUGUUCAUUCAAUGGCGCAAUGCACUACUCCUUUGACUAUGCACAACAAGUGCACUUUCCAAGUAACCCAAUGCAACCUGGACCGAUCUAUUUUAAGACCCCAAGAAAGUGUGGGAUUUUUGGAGUUAUGUGUGAAGCUGUACCGCGUCAAGUGAACUAUUUGAUUGAUGAAGCUGGUGCAGUUGGUAAAGGAGCCAACGCAGCCAUUAGUUACGUUCACCACUUUUUCGCUCAUCACGGCCUCAGGGAAACAGACGUUCACUUACAAGCUGACAAUUGUGCCGGACAAAAUAAAAACAAUUACUUUUUGUGGUACAUGUAUUUAGCAUGGAGGAUUGCCACUGGACUUCACCAGUCUAUCAAGUACUCUUUCCUAAUUGCUGGACUUACUAAAUUUGGUCCGGAUCGUUGCUUUGGAAUCCUGAAAAAGGCCUACAAGGUCAGUUUCAUUUCGUCAAUUUAUGAACUUGCUCGAAUGGUGGACACUUCAAGCAACACAGGGAUGAACAAAGCCCAGCUAGUAACGACGCACGAUGGCCGUGUUAUAGUUCCUCCGUACGACUGGUGUACUUUUCUGAGACACUAUUUCAAAAAAAUCGCAAACGUAAAAAAAUUUCACCAUUUCAGAUUUUCCAAGGAUGAACCAGGUGUUGUUUACUGCCGAGAAUACUUGACAUCCCCGGAACAAAAGUGUGCCUUACUGAAGGAUGGUGCUGUGAUCCCACCUGCUUCUGUUCUUCCGCAAAAGAUCAACCCAGAAGGAUUAAGUGACGAACGCAGAAACUACUUACAUCGCGAAAUAAGACAGUUUUGCAAACCUGGAACUGAAGAUUUAGUUGCACCAGUUCCAUAAGUUAAUCAUUGUUUCGAACUUGACCAGUGCUAUGCUAUGUAACAAAUUGGCUUUAGUAUUUACUAUUCUUUCUAUUAAAUUCAAACUUAAGCUGUAAGAGAAUUAAAUGAUGCUUACGUAGGUAGUUAUUGUACAUACACCAUCGUUUACUAAUGAAAUAAAUGAAGUUGUAUAC